GCGGACAACUGAGUCUCGCUAUCUUUUCCAUUCCUGAAGGGAAACUGCAGGAAAUUUACAACUGCGUCUGAUAGCUGAGUCCCUUGUAACUUUGGGUUGUCCAGGAUGAUGGCGACAGUGAAGGAAGAUAUAUCUCUUUUCAUUUUGAUCGUCUUCAGCGUGAAUCUCCAGGUACGAGCCAGUGAAGGACCCGCCGAAGCGUGGGAGGAUCUUCGACCGGUCGGCGCGUGCAUACGAGUUGACAGACUUUACUCCAAAUUCAAUACCGAUCUGUGUGCGACCAUUGGUCUACUACCGUGCACGUCCGUUGCUCUUACUACAUUCCAGUUCCGAAGGGGGCUAAUUGCUGAGGCUCCUGACCCCUCUCGUUGCUUCAAACUCCUUAGCAAUUUCCAAGCAGCCUUUACGUGUGAAUACAAGCACCUCAAACAAUUCAUGCUCUACGAAAUCUCGAGUGGCAACGUGUACAUCGACGCCUGCACAGAUACGUGCAGAGAAAUGUGGCAAGCAUGUUCACCUCGUUCGACAUCAGACUACGUCUACCUGCUUGAGGAACCGGAUACACAAAGGUUCUGCAACUCCCUGGCUCUCCCGGAACGUGGUGUCUUUGUUCGCUAUUCAAACCAACCUGCAUGCCUCUCAGUUGCGGACUUCUUGCAAGAAGCGGGAGACGGUUCUUCCAUCUCGUCUUCCUACACAGCAACUCUCGAGUGGAUUGGCUCCAUUGCGCGAUUCGUCAUACUGAUCACCCUCAUCGUUUCACUGGCGGCGGCGUUUACCUACGCAACAGGCCAAAAUGCAGGAUGGCAGCUGAAAUACCUAUUUAGUUCCUCGACACCCUGUGGUGGGCGUUCUCUCUAUGAUAAUAACAUUCAAGACGGCGGAAAAACCACGGAGUUUGACCUAUUGUAGUCGUUGAGGGGCGCGCGAACUGCGUUUUGCCCCUACAUUUAAUGUGCUUUGGCUUUAAGUUUUCCGUUUGCCUUGUCGCUUCACAGCCACACAACUGUUCUUCUCGCGUAAUGCACGAGCCGUUGCUAUGCUUCUGCACCCGCUCCUCGUUUCAUGACGGGCUCGAAAACUGCAUCCCACGGGAUUGACUCUGAAAAAAACUUCUUCGGCAACUAAACUCUUCUCUGUACA